AUGACGAGCAAUGGGCCAGUCAAGAUAAACCAAACUAUGACGUUCGGGAUUUCGUUAGAAAAACUCGGCACUGGAACGUGCUUGUGGGUUGACUUGGGUGACAAUAGCUCACUGCUUGUGUUUGGUAACGAUUCUUGCCCUGAGCAAAUUGAUGUUGAUUCAAUUAAUCCAAAUAUCGUAACCCAACCAAGGUUGAAGUACACGUUUAAGACUUCAAACACUCGGAGUAUUGUCAUCAAUCAUGUUUAUCCUCGAGCCGUUUCCUACAAAGUCAGAAUGUACGCUUCCAAUGCCGUCUCAACAGUAUCCCAUGAAAUGAUGGCCGUCGUGUUGUCGUUCAUUUGCAAAAACCCUAAUGUCACUAUAGAAGGUACAAAUGUUUCGCUUCAAUAUUCGUAUUAAUAACCAGUAUCCGUAUUAAUAAUCUGAAUCGCUUCAAUAUUCGUAUUAAUAACCAGUAUCCGUAUUAAUAAUCAGAAUCGCUUCAAUAUUCGUAUCAAUAACGGCCCCAUACCACUGAGUUCAUUCUGCUCCUGUUGGUCGAGGGCAGGGUACAGUAUAAGAUGGUCAGUACCCUGCACAAACUUGGUGUAAGUAACAAGUGUUGUGGUUCGUUCCCUUCUGUAUUUCGAGGUUUUUCUUCCUAACCCUUUAACCUUAACAGUGAAACUGCAAGUACUCUUCAUCUCACUGGGAAUAUUGAUUUAAACAAACUGGAAUAAUUCUUCUCAAAUGUGUCUGUGGUGAAAUUAUAAUUCGACAAUUGUGUAUUACAGGAAUGGAACCUUAGUUUGAGAAAUAAAGGGGGAAAUCCACUUAACACUUUACCAACAACAACCUAAUUCCUUCAUUAAGCAGUUUAAUCUAUUUUUACAUUUAUUAGGUUUGUCUUAAAAUUCCUCCAACGUCUUAAACGCUUCUCAAGUCUACCGCUCUGCCAAUGUGGCUCUGAUUACUGAAAACGAAAUUCUUUGUGAAACAACAGAGCAAACUAAAUCAACCUGGACUGUCUAUAAGCUAGAAGACGAUCCUCGCAUUAUUCCGAGCAACGUUCCCCUUACAGACAUAAGGAGGACCCAUUUCCAUACGGUAAACGAUACCUCGGAACUCGUUCUUCCUGGGCGAUUUUUACCCUACGGCUUCUACGAGAUCCGUGCCCGUGUAGAAAUGAAAGGUGUUCCUGAUGUUUUUGGAAGUCAUUCAAUCUUUGUCCAGGUUGUACAGAGCCCGUGGCUUGAGGCCGGUGUGAAUGCCGGAUCUUUUCAUACCGUCCCUUUUGGACUAGUGGUAAGAACAAUUCCUUACCUAUGAGUUGUAUAGAUAACUGGAAAAUAAUUGGCUCAAAACAGUUAUGAAAUGGAAAAUUCACGAAUUUAGAUCCGUAUUUUUGGAGAAUUAUUACUUGUGAAUGUGAAGUAAUAAUUACUGAUAAUUACUACAUCUGAAGGGUUUGAAUCUUAAUUUCACAAAAGUUACAGUGGCAGGAAUGACGUUUCAAGUUGGCGGAUAUUUCGACUUUAACUGGAAAAGGACAUCGGUGAUUUUAUUUCAUGAAAUGAUUUUUCUCAGUAUAUACUCAAUUAUCUUGCCAAUUUUAAAAAAAUUUUGUUGAGCCAAAAAAAUGUGUUACGAAUAUUCACAGAAAUUUUUUAAAAUUGUCAAAAUAAUUGAGUGUAUAUAGGAGAAAUCAUUAUUGAAAUGUCAUUGUUGCCAUAUCAAUGGAAGCGUAACUUUGUGGAAAAUUUCAAACUCUUAUGUAAAUAAGUUGUUGCUUUACAAAAGUAAGAUGCUUUGUUUUCAACAAGUAAUACUUCGGAUUAAGUAAUACAAAAAUUCGGAUCUAUGGUCGCGUUUACACUAUGACGUGUACACAUAUAUAGUGGAAAGACAAUAGCUACUAAGAAACGUAGUGAAUUUUUAACGAAAUUGAUUUGUAUUCAGACAAAUGCAGUGGCAAAUGUAGUGGUCCGUAGUUAGUACGCUACGACAAACCACUCUGUUAUGGUGUAAACACAAUGUAGGCUAGUAUCAAAUCUAAAAACGUAGUAAAUUUUUAACGAAAUGUUAUGGUGUAAACACGGCCUAUAUCGCAAAUUUUCCACCUUUUAAAAGAAACUGUAUCCAGCCACGUACAGUACCUUAUGGCGGCUCUUUAUAGUUCUAAUUUUCUUUUCAAAACCAGCUAUUUCUUAAUAUUUUAGAACAUAGACAGCUUGUACAAGUUACAAUUUUUUAGAAAAAUCCACUGUAUAUGCAGAGUUUGAUUUAUUAUCCCCCGUGCUGUGACCGUUUUUCUGAUAGUUCUUGAGUUGUGUUUCCUUACUAAAAACUUAUCCUUAACUGAGACUUAGGGCGCUUUCCAUUUAAUGGGCAGACUGGUUAGACCAGAAUUUCGGUCCCUGCAUGUAUCAUGCAAUGGAAACAUCUGCUUGGUCCAUGUUUCAAUAUCUAACGAAAACGGAUCUCCUUCUAAUUUGAUUCAAAUAUUCCUGUCCAAACCCCAAACAUUUUUUGUUCCAUUCAGCAAUGUUAAUGGACAGCGCCCUUAGUUGUCGACGUUAUAAAUAGUUUAUUAUUAUGGUCAAAUGGUAUUUUUGCCGUCUACUGUUUUAUAUAUCUAACGUUGGGACUAGCGCAUGUGUAUUUUCAUCCAACUCCCUGACCAGGGGCGAAACUAGCCCCUUUUAAUUAGGAGGGUGUCUGCUAGAAUUGCCCUGCGAAAGCCGAUGAUGCCCUGCGGCAAAAAAUUUUUUGGCCACUAUUUCUCCCAAAAAUCUUGACGAGCGGGGGGAGGAGGUCGAAAAAAUUUUCCGAACAUUCAAAAAAGGGCAAAAAAAUUUUCCGGACAUAAACCAAUUAAAUUAAGGGUCAAAAAAUUUUUUCGGACAAAUUCCUGUUAAAACAUGCAUGAAACCCUUAUUUUUUUACCAGUAUCUGUAAAAUUUUGGUCUAUAAAUUCUAUUCAAUUCCCUCUGGAUGCCCUGGAAUCUACUUAAUAACUCUACAUUCUAUCAUUUAAAAUCUUACAUUGCCCUGCCAAUCCAGAUGAUUUGCCCUGCCAAUCCAGAUGAUUUGUACUUUUGGGGGGUGUCACCCCCCCCCCCCCACACACACACCCUCAAGUUUCGCCCAUGUCUCUGACGAGUGCUCCGAAACAUCCAAGUGUUUUAAAAUCUUGCAGAUAGAUUAUACAUUUAGAAUGGAACAUUAUGUUUUCUAAUUCCAGGGAAGUCUAAAUAGUUCAGCGUCUGUAGAUCCAGAUUCUGAUGGCACGGAUGGAAUGAGCUUUGUCUGGUAUUGUAAAGAUGUUGGUGAUGCUGAUUUCAAUCUGGCAAACCUGACUUAUGAACCUGUUGUCUCUGAGCACGAUGUUGUUGGAAUGCCAUCCGCUAAUGCAGUAAGUGAUAUGUUAAGAGUUUGGAUUUAGAUCUAUUAGUUCUAAAUUUUUCACCCUAAAGGUUCAUCCAGUAAGAAGCAUUCCGUACUAGUCCAAUUAUUUAUAACACUUUAUUUAUAAUAUUUCUCUACUAAUAGGACUAGUAAAAGAAACCCAAGCCUAAAUUAGCAUUGAUAAUAUAAAAUUCUAGAAAAUGGUGACCCUUAAAUCGUUCUGUAAAGAAAAUCUCCGUGUUCCAAUUUGAUCCUCUUUUUACAGUCUGGCUGUUUUGGGUCAGGUCGUGGUCGUAUUGAUACGUCAAAUUCAACCUUCAUGUUGGACACAAAUAAAAUGGUUGAAGAUAAAUCGUGAGUUUUUUCUAUAACAAUGUUUGCAGGCUGCAUUAAUUAUCGGCUCGUUAGAAUACGAUGGCCGUUCUCUGAAUUGACUAAGCUUUCCACCUCUCUAAUUAGCCGCUCAUUUUCUGAAGGAAAUGAAUAAAGCCCUAGCUCUUAUUUUAUCGUCACUCCUCACUUUCUAUGAAAAGAAAACAAACAUAUCUAUAUUGACUAUACAGGGUAAUUGUCAAUCGGCUUGAAGUUUCACAUUAGUUUGCAGCGUUUUAUAUUUCCUGCAAGUGUGUCGGUAAAAUCAAUACAUGAUCAUGCACGACCGGAAUUUGCAUAGAAAAAUGGCCAUGUACAUUCUGAGCAUUCUUUGCAUGACAAAGUGGGGCUCAGUCAAAAAGCGCACGCUUUUUGUUCUGCUUUACUGCAUCGACUAUAAAUAGCAAAAUAAGGCUCAACUUAUAAGUUUAAUUAAAGCGUUCUUUAUUAUGAUUGAGACACUUAUUUUGUUUUCAGCUAGGCCUUUAGCCUUUCCUUUACUUCAAAUUUCUACCAAUAAAUAAAAAACUUUGCAGACGAUAUCUUGAUAUUUUUAAGUGGUUCGCCUCAUUAGUAUUUAGUACACGCCAGCGUGUACAAUCUACGCAUGCUCAAUUACGAUGAGUUGAUUCAUCGUAGGUGUCAAUAUGUGGCCAUAAUUUUCGAUCGGGAACUCCCCUAUAUAUUAAGCUCUCCUUCCCGAUUAAGUCACUACCCGAAACAAAUAAGCACCCGAGGGGGACUUAAAAGAAGAUUUACAAUAUACAAUGAUGCCAUUCUUUCGUCUUUUCUAGAUACGAGAUUUUGUUGGUAGUGUCAACAACACAUCCAGAAUUUGGUCAACGUGAAGCAAUGACUACAAUCUACUUUCUCGUCGCAUUAGGAUUCCCCCCUGUUCUUGCCACAGAGUAAGUGGAGUUCAGAGCGAUCAUUGUUUAGUUUUAGACGGACAUUUAAAGUCCCGUAAACACGCAUGCAUGCUAUCCAAUAAUUCACAAACAAUUGUGAAUUAUAAAAAUAUUUCAAUAAAUUUAUAAUAUCAUCCACUAUGGCUUCCUCAAACAUGAUUAAGUUAUCUUUCUGUAUAAUUAUUUUUCCAUCUUUACCUGUUCUAUUAAAAACUAAUAUUUAUAUAUAUGGAUCACUUGAUCUGUCAAUGUUAAUAAAACGCUUCGGAUUAGAAAUUCAUGUAUUUUCGGGUGGGUUCCUAGCCAUGCUCUGGAAACGUAACUCGCCUGACUCGCAAAGAAUUGUGACUGAGUUUCUCCUAAACGGCCUAAACUCAGCGCAAAUCUCCUGAAUUUAAUUUAGUUCGCCUUAACUCACGUUAACUCACCACCUUAACUAACCUUAAAAUUUCCUUAAUUCACCUUUUACAACCUAAAAUCAUCUUAAAUUGUCAAAAACUCACCUUAAGUCACCUUAACUCACCUUAAAUGGCCUUUGCUCACCUUAAGUUGCCAAAACGCACCUUAAAUCGCAUAAAGUUGCAUUAUCUUGUGAGUUGUGGUGAGUAAAAGCGUGUGCGUGUUGCACUCCCAGAGGAAGCAGGGCUGUUUAUUUAUAUGUAAAACGAUAACUCCACAGCUAUUUCUCUAAACAUAAUCUUGCAUAAAGCCAUUUCAUGGACAUAAUAAUCUAUUUUUAAUUUUUACUUUAGUUGUUCAACGAAUUGUAAAUCAAAAAUCCUUCCUGAUGAGAAAACUAUACUGUUAUCAACCUGUAGUAGAUUCUGUGCUGGUGAGCUGACAUUCAGUUGGUCGUUGUAUCUGUAUGACGAUAUCAAUCAGUUUGAACCGUUUAAUUUGUCAACAUUGAAUGAAAUAUCCAAAGCAGAGUUUCAAAAUAUGGCUUCAAACCCUAUCAAUGAACUAAAUCUUGCUAUUAAACCCAACACACUGCAAGUUGGUAAGAAGUACACCUUUGCAUUUCGAGCAACACGCCCAAGUGGUGCGUAUGGUGAAUGCAGAACUACUGUGAUUGUAAAUUCGCCUCCUGUUGGUGGUAAGAGAACUUUUUUCCGAUUGUUUGCUCCAUUUAUGCUAGUUUUUUUCGGUUUGUUGUUUGUUUGCAAAUUCGCUUGUUUGCGGUAUAACCUCGCCUUUUCUUAUUUGUUACUUCAUUUAUAUAUGUUGGUUGUUUGUCUGUUGGUUUGUCUAUUUUUUUCUUCAUUGUUUUUCCCGAACUUGUUUUCUUCCUGGUCUGUACCCUUACGGGCAAUUAUAAUAAGUCUGACCUAGUUGGGUAUAAACAGGAAUCAGUUAGAAUUUAUUUGUUAUCAUAGGCAAUUGCAGUGUAUCGCCUAUAUUUGGUGUGGCUUUAUCAACAAAAUUUACAUUCCGAUGUGACAAGUGGACAGAUCCUCAACUACCCCUGGUGUAUGAGUUAUCGUAUGGUGGUAAUCAAAGUCAGACAAUGUUCUUCUAUCGUACAAUCCCCUCUGGUGUUAGUAUCAGCGUCACUGAUUGGCUGGUAGCUGGAGAUGAAAGUAACAACUAUACUCAAACUGUUCAAUUUACUAUUAAAGACGAUCUUGGAUCAAAAGCAGUUCAGUAUAUUGACGUGCAGGUAUGUUAAGGGCUACGUAUUUGUUAGAUUGGUUGUUGUUCUCGUAAAGAUAAAUCCAUGUGACUAGGGUUCGAUUUCUAUUGUUAUCUCUUAUCUGAUUGAAAUUUCUCUUCACUCGUGAGGAGAGUUUCUGUAGUUUGACUCCACCAAACACUGCAGGUUUCCUUCUGUUGUAGUACUGAACGUAAAAAGCUUGGUCCCAUUUAGAUUUAGAUUAAAAGGUUGCGUUUAUAAUAGAUGGGCAAUAUAAUAGAGUGGCAUUCUAUCUCGACAAUCAUGACAGACUAAUUAGCAUCAUCAUACAGCAAUGCUGUAUACACCAUACAAAACACAACUAAGACCUAGACUACCUAGCGGGCUUAACAGAUAGCUCUAGACUGCACUUCCAGAAAAGAACAAUUUAGAACCCUUAGAUUUGUGCAGAAGAAAAGUUAGCUUAGAUUAGGGCUAUCACUAUGUUGUCCGGAUUUGAACUGAAUUAAACUAUUCCAAUUUAUACUGGAUAGAUCUGAACUUCGUAAAAUAGCCCAAAUAUUGCUGCCUAGACUGCUCUAUCUAGAAGUCCAAUAAGGAUAAUUCCUUCACAGUAUUUACCUGCGUGAAACGAGGGAAAAUAAAGUAAGCUAGAUUGAACUUUAUUCAUCCAGGUUCGACCCAACGAAGCAGAGCUGAAUGUGAGUGAAAUUUCAGGCAGAUUCGAUGAGUUGCUCGCAAAUGGAGACACUACAGCAGUUUUAGGCCUGGCUUCCGCUCUGUCGUCAACGUUGAAUGGCCAUGGUGUUGGUAGUGGCGGAGCAAAUGGCACUGGGUCGAGUGUAACAGAUCCGGAGAAACAGGAAAGAGAACAGGAGGUAAAUAUGACGUAAUUUGUUGUAGUCGUAAAUUGAGUAUCUAAUGUGUUAAAAAUGAAGCCGGAAUUCAGCAGUUACUAAGGGACCAACUGAUAUAACCUUGCUAACUUACAGUAUGGUGCAAAUUUAUUGCUCGAAAUUAUUUAUAUGUCAAAAUUAGUGAAUGUACAGUUAUUUGCAGUUUUUAAAGUUGGAAGACGUUUUGAAAAUAAUUCAUAAUUAUUGGAUAAGGUUGAGUGUGAUAUCGCAAAAUAUCAAGGCUGAGGUUAUGUUAUCUUCCGAAGCCGUAGGCUGAAGCAGAGAUAACACAAACCGAGGGCUUCAUAAUUCUCGAUAUCAGGAAAAAAUCAAAUUCAGUAACUAUUUUAUUACGCGUAUGAAAGAAAAAAACAAAAUUGUUUUAGCAAAAUAGUUUUACGGCUUCGGCAAUAGCCUCUUUCUCUUGCAUGCAGUUCAUUUGUCUUUUUCUCUUUAAGAUUCUCAUUGAAAACUAUUAACGCUGUCUUGAUAGCUCGUUUAGAGUCUGCGGCGCACAUUCAAAAAUAAUUUGGGGUGUCCUAUGUUCUGGGAUCGACCUCUGUAGUAUUUGUGUUUGAUAAGAAACGCCAAGUAUUUUAAGACGUGCACGGUACGAGUGAAGCGGUGAAAGCAAAGCGUUCGGUUUAAUGACACAGUCUUGUUGUUACAAAUACAAUUAAUAUAAAAUUUAAUAGUUCAACGCAUGGUAAUAGCACGAAGCCGAGUAACUAUGUAAAAAAUAUGGUAUACAAGGUGUCUCAUAAAAGUAGACCGUUAGAAAUUAACCUAUUGCAGGAGCUGACUGGCUACCUCAAGGGGCGCGGGCGAUUUGGCUAGAUGGGGGCCCUAAUUGUUCUUGCCCAAUGUUGCUUCUUAAUAUGUUCUUUAUAAUUUAAGCGUCGAGAAACUUCUUUCGCAUUCGACUUGCGUUACACUAGUGUCUUACCAGCUUUUAAAAUUUGUUGUGGUCGGUGAUCAACGUUGACACUUUUUUUGUGCAGAAACACUAAAUGUCCCAAAACAUAUGAAAAUUUUCACGAUACGAUAGUUCGGCACUAAUAAUAUACAUGAAAAAAGUUCUCAAUUCUGAUUGGCUAAGAGCAGUGCAAUAUUUUCGAAAUACAGUGCAAAAAAUGAAAUACCGUGCAAAAAAAGAAAUGCAGUGCAAAUUUCUUGACUAUUUAGGCUUUGUGAUUGGCUUAAAAUAUGAAACGAUAACAAAGAUUGCUAAUAAGAUACAGCAAUUUCCAGCAGAAAUAAUACAAAAAAACAAAAACAAAAACAUAAAUUAUUUCCAUGUGACUUACGCACGAAGUAAAAGUAUGGUUUCUCGUGCAAUUUGAAAAAACAUACACUCGUGAGUUUUUCCACGGUUAAUAGACCAAUAACCGUGGUUUUUCAAAGACUUCUAAUUGCACUCGUCCUUCGGACUCGUGCAACUUUGAUAGUCUUUGAAAAACUCACUCGUGCAUGUUUUUUCCAAAUUGCACUCGAAACCAUAUACUAUUACUUAUAUUAUAGAAUAAAGUAUUUUCCAUAUAUACCUUACAAUAUAAGCAGUCAUUUAAAUCCAUUUUUUCUUACUAGCUGCUUGAGCAUGUCCUCACUUCGCUGUCUGGAGUUAACGCAAAAGAUGUCUCCGGAGUUAUGCAGUUCAGUGGUUCACUUAUUCAAUUAACUGCCAACGCAGACAAGCUGACAUCAAAAGCCAAGGUUAGCGUCCGUUUAUCAAGAGUCAAAUGACACAGAGGAUGAGAGAUAUACGGAAUAGGUGAUAUACAGGGUGUUCCAAAAAAAAACGAAAACCAUAAUUGAAAUAACGUAUUGUUAGAAUUUGAAUGCCCUAGCACUAAGCUGAACGCAAAGAUGCUUAAAAAAUUGACAAGGAUGCAUAUAUUAAAUAUUGAUUUAUAAUUAGAAAUUAAAAUAUCUUUUAAAGCGCACGAUUUUCUGCUCUUGGGAAUUUAAAACAGCUUCUUAAACGGUUUCUUUAUGCAUAAAAUUUACUUACGUCAAACUUUGAUGCAUGUGUGGGUUCAGCAGAGUGCUGAGGCAUUCAAAUUCUAACAAUACGUUAUUUCAAUAGUUUUCGUUUUUUUUGGGACACCCUGUAGGCGAAAUUGGAGUUUCGACUGCCCGUCCAAAUGACGCGUUCUCCGCUGGGAAUGUACAAAUUUCCCUUGAAUUAUAACAUGUAGAUGAGGCUGGAAGAAUUAGAAUAUGCAUGUCAAAGUAUUGAACUGUUCAAUCUUCAUUUCAAUAUGCAAAAAGUUGUUCCUCCUCCAAUUAGUUUAUUAUUUUUAAAUUAGAAAAUAUAUUCCCUUAGGUGCACCUUGCUUUAUUUUGCUUUACACAGUAGGCAAAAAAGCUAAUGGUUAUAAAUGAAACACAAAUAAUGAUUGAACAGUUCAAAACUUUGAUAUGUAUAUUCUCAUUCUUCCAGUCUCAGCUACAUGCUAUGAUUCAUCUACAAUUUGUUUCAGGCGCAGUAUUCGUCAGUUUGGAUGGACAGUCAAAACUCCGAUUUCGGCUAUAUGCAUGUGUAAAUAUAUGCAAAUCAGACGUGAUUAAAUUUACAGGCACUUCACUUAUACCUCUCUCUUUACCCUUGUACAAGACAACUCUCACAUUUUGGAGCAUGUUGGUCCUUGCAUGAUAUGUCGAUAUGAGCCUUAACCCAUUGAGUUCCAGCACUUGAUGGGUAAAAUUGUCUGGCGUUAGACAAUUAAAAUAGCAAGGCAGGGCGCAAUAGGGCGCGAUUCCACUUAUAAUGGGCUAAUAAAUGAGUUAUUUUGGUGAAUUUCAAUUUAGAAAUAUUUUACAACUAUAAUACUGAGGUAAAUAUGCACUGGAUAAACUGCUUUUCCUACAGUCAUUCCUUGCAAUGUUACCGCAGGCAGAAACCGAGCACUCGGGGAAAUCCUUAAGUGUUUGGUAUAUAAAGUACACUUUAAAUUUAUGGUACAGCUGCAUAUUGCAGGAAUCAAACCUCUGAUGAUAAGGCGAAAGAAACCUGCACGAAUACCCUCGUGCUGUACUGUUCAGAGAAGCAUUUUAUCAAUCUAUUUAAUAAUACGAUUAUUAUGUAAUAUUUUGUGAUUUAGAAUGCAGCCAUGUCGAUCACAGAGACUCUAGCAGAUAGUUUGAAAUAUAUAUCUGACAAUGACGGGGGAUUUCAAAAUGUAAAAUCUGGAGCUGGCAACGUGCUAACAGUUCUUGGUGGAAUGACUACUGCUAGCAGCGGUGGCGGCAAUGAUUCAACAUCGUCACCCACGAAUAAAAGCGAAACGGCGGUAUGUAGUACCAGUUAUUUUCUUGUAAUUUUUUACUUAGUCUACCAAGCUAUAGCACGCCGUAAUGCGCACUUCAUUGCCAUUUUUCCUGUCUCGCGUCAGAUAAUUUUACGGCUGCAUGGUCCUGGAGAAAUUUCUGUGUGUUAAUGGGUUACUCAAACAAAGAUAGUAUAAAUGGUCCUUCUUAACCUGUCACCUGACAAUUUUACUGAUCAAGUGCCGUUAAGCGCUGGGAAUGUUAAUGUUUUAAUCAGUCUGUCUGGUAAUUUGUAGCAGCCCAUUCAGCUACCGUCCGAUAUUCUGUCAAAUGGGUAACUAGCUUAUCUUCCAACGUCUCCUAUUAACCAUUAACUUAAUUGCCAUGCAAUGUGCCUUAAUGCACUUUGUGUUGUUAUUUUAUGAAGUUUGCAAGGAGGGUAUCUAGCAUUUGUUGGUUAACAUAAUUAUAGCUAAUUCAAUUAAGAAAUUGCCGAAAGCACUGGGUAUAGCUUUUUAAAUUUAAUUUGGUACAUUGAUUCGCGAGUAAUAUUUUUUUAUGAAUUAAUGUAAUGAUUGUGUUGUUAUGUACUCAGGUGAAGUUAUUUUUUGUUAUAUUUAAGAUGACGCUCUCUGAGUGUGUCCACACCCGGCUAGCUGCAAAUUUUGCUUGACCGCAGUGGGAAUACACUCAGACAGAUCUUAAAUAUUAAAUAAAAAUAUUAUUUUAAGUGGCUGUGAUGGAGAAUGAAAAUUUAAGAUGCAAUAUAUAACAAAUCCUAUUUAAUGAAUGGUUUGUCAACAAAACAAAUGAGGCAUAUGGGAAAUGGCUUGUCAAAACCAAAUAAUCACACCUUUCUGUGAACUAUUUUUAAUUCAUUGGCUAACUUUAAAUGCGUUAUAAUUCUCGUUUAACUGUAUUUUAAGCUUGCACCAACGCUAAUUUCUGUUCACAUUAAUACGUCACGAUUUGAUGACUCUUGUUUGGACGAUGUAUGGACGUAUGUGUGAAAUAAAUAAAACAUAUAUUUGAUUUUAACGACUUCUUGCUACCUUUACUGAUGUGGAAACUAGAAGAUCAAAGUUUGCACCAGAAAAUUCAAACAUUUCAAAUCGACCAUGCAAUAACAAGUAAAUUUGCAUAAUGAAACAGCAUCUAAAAAUGAUGGGUUUUACUCAGAGUUUUACUAAAUUCUCUCCUGUGCAGUUAUCACUUGCACUGAAGAAACGAAUGACACCUUGUUCGAAUUAAAGAGGGAAGAAUAAUGAUUCAAAUAAUAUUUUAACAAUUUUUGGGGACAAACAAUCAUGGAAUCGGUUGUUUUUACACACCCUGUACAUUUCCGUGUCUCUUGUCAAUCCACUAUUAUGCGAUCAGGUAUGAUUGUAUAACCUUCACCUUUGGUGAUCCAGGAUAUCACUAAUGCAUCCAAAUAUUUUUUAAGGAUGUACCAGACACCUUGCUAUCAACUAAUUUAAAUUGUGCACUAUAUUUUUAUUCAGUCAACUGUCUACCGUACGAUCAACGUCGUUCAAAACCUGCAGUUAGUGGUCCUGGACAACUUGGUGGCAAAUGAGGGACCAACUGAUAUUGAAACUGAAACUCUUUCACUGCAAGUGGAAAAGAAGUCUGCCAAGACGCUUGGAGAUACUGGAAAUAAACUAAAGAACUGUGACUUUAAAUCGCCCUCUGGUGAUGCAUUUGGUGUAGGAGAAAGUAUGUCGAUGUAAAAUAAUACACUAAUAUAGUACUGUAUGAUCUUGCAUUCAACUGUUCUCCACAUACUGCGGUGUUAAAUACUCUACUGCACUUGAUCAUGACUGCACUGUUUGACUGCACUUGACUUGAAUGUACUUUGCUGCACUGUUCUUCUUAUUUGUCUUCACAGAACAGAAACUUUCCUGUAUUAUAUAUUGCAUGUGUUUCACUAUACUGCGCACUUUAAAGUAUAAUAAUAUACUAUUUUGUGGACUGCACAUUAUCAUAUACAGGGUUGUACUGUACUCUGUACUCUUUACUCUGUACUUUAUGCAGUUAGUUAUAAUUAUAUAUAUAUAUAUAUAUAUAUAUAUAUAUAUAUAUAUAUAUAUAUAUAUAUAUAUAUAUAUAUAUAUAUAUAUAUAUAUAUAUAUAUAUAUAUAUAUAUAUAUAUAUAUAUAAAUAUGUGUUGUCCCUGUUCUGUCUGAGUAUUAGUACACUUAUCUAUAAUACUGAGAACUGUGCUGUUGGGAUGUGCUGUGCUGUGUUGUGUUCACUCCACUCCACUCCACUGCGGUUUAGUGAAUUACACAUUCCACCUUGUAUUGCACUUGAGUGCAUUGUGCUGUGAUAUAAAUUCGCGUUUAUCUGUAUAUUAUCUAGUUCUCUCAAAUCCAAACAAAACGUUCCUUCAGCUUCAACCAGUAGAUAUCAAGGUAAGAUUGACGGGAUGAACGGGGUAAAAGUGGGAUGGGCAUGAGCGAUGUUGACUCUACGUCACACCACUUUACUACACUUCAUUCCACACUCUUCCUCAACUACCUAACACCAUCUCAUACCAAUGUACGUCACUUAACCUCAUUUAAUCACAAGCCACCUCACCCCACCUCACACCAUGGCCUUCUUCCCGCUACGUUCCAUCUUACUCAACUUCACCACUCCUAGUCACUCCUCUUCACCCGUCCUCGUUCGUUCUGACUUCAAAAUUCCGGAUAUACCCUUGUAUAAUAAUGUUGGCGUUGAGUGAGAAAAUAUAUGGAAAUGGCGCAAAUGAAGGCGAAUGCAUAAAAUUUGGGAUUUAAAAGCCUUCAUUGUUAUGGUUCCUCUGUGAAAACGUUGAGAUUGCAGCAAAAAAUGAGAAGAAAAAUGUGUAGCAUAUGAUAGUUAAUAGUUCAGCACAUGGUGUUAACAGGCAAUUAUGAGAGUGACAAAAAUGUUCUCUUCAUUCUUUUCAUUAUAUGUAGUUGUCUUGAGUUGGAAGGAAAUGUAGGAAGGAAGUGUUCUUUAAUGUGCUUGCUCAUUUUAAUACAAACAUUUCUGAAGUAACGGUUGACAAACGCGGUUGAGGUGCCACCCUUUACCGCUGAGUCAAGCCUGUGCUUUAAACGGAUUCGCCUGAUUUUUUCCUUCACCAAGAUUCACCUUGAAGCCAUAGUUGUCGAAUCCGUGUAUUUUGGGGCUCUGGCCGGCCGGGGGAAUUGGGCUACCAUAUACUCUGUGAAAUUGACAUUGACUAACUUAUUAAGAUCAUUUCAUCAACAUACGUGUAUUGAAACACAUCAAUAUUUGGUCUGCACAUUGGCAAAGAUCCUUACCUUCACACACAAACCUUUCUCUUCCUAGAUUGCUUUGUUUAAAGACAAUCCAUUCACCUGGGACAACACCAGUUCAACAAUUUCAUCAAACGUUAUUGACAUAGUUGUUGAAUCCAACCUCAAUAUAUCCUCCUCCAAUAUGAGUGAAGAUGUCGCCGUUACGAUCUUUAGAGACCCAGCACAAUUCGGGGAAGAUGCCUCAUUUUUUUUGAAACCUGAUGAAAUGAAUUCCACAAGCAACGCGAAGGAAUAUUUCAAAUUUCAUUGCUUCACUCGGAGAAGCAAUUUCACUGCCAUGAAUUUUGAAAUAAAACCGCACAACCUUGGAAUACAUUUUAAUGUAAGUAAGUAUUUCACUGUUAGAUGUAAGAAUUUUAAUGUUCGUUGUCAGUGCUGUAGCAAGCUCGAUAAUUGGGGGACUCAUAGUCAUAUAUUCGUGUUCUGCGUUAUUAAUUUCUUUUCAAAUCGAUUGUUUUUAUCGUCUGUGAACACGAAUAUAUGAAUAUGAGCCCCCCCCCCCCUAAUCAUCGAGCUUGCUACGGCACUGGUUGUACCAGUUAAUGAUUUUAAUCACUUUAAAAAGUGUUAGAGUUGGGCGGUAUACCAGUAAUCUCAGUUAUUCAAAAUAUUUAUUCGAUACCGGUAUAGAAGUCAUUUCUUAAUCUUUCUCAAGCGGGAGUUCAGACACAGACUGCCCCCACUCUAUAGGCAAUUCCAGCUUUUAGUUUAUGCGUGCAGGGGACGAUGGGAAGUAAGGUAUCACAUUGCUGAUAAUGCUGAAAAAAUAAAAAUGGUGGCCGUGUAAACACGGACUGAUAGCUUAUACUUGUAAAUAUUGAAAUAUUUCGGUUGUUUCGGUAGUUUUUAUUGAAAUGUUUCAGCAUAAUAGGCAAUAUGAUACCUUACUUCCCAUCGUCCCUUGCAGCCAUACGGCUAAAAGCUGGAAUUGCCUAUUGUAUAAUACCGCAUACACAGGAACCCCAGCAUUAAAAGACCAUCUCUUCUUAGGUAUAUUUAAAGAGGGGAGGCAAGCCUGACGUGAAGACAGGAGACUAUGAAUUCUCAUACCAGUUACCAGACUUUGGCGGUUGCAACCUAGGAAAUGUCAGUGUUAACGAUCAUGCAGAGCCAGUUCAUAUUGACGUGAAUGAAUGUUCAACACAUCCAUACACCGUGUUUGUGUCGAAUCUGGACUUCAACGGCACUGGAGAGUAUUGUUUUGGUAAUAUUUUUGUAAUAAUGAACAUACUUGAUAUUUAUUCACCGAUUCAUAUCUUAUUAUAUCUAAAGGCCCGUUUAAACUUGCAAUUUUAAGUGCGAUUUUCUUUUUGGAUGUGAAUAAUUAAGGGGAUGAGUUAGGAAUGUUCAAAUGACGACUGACGAUGAUAAAUAUACUCAGAACAUUCACAUUUCGUCUACUCCUAGAACUACGUCCACAUACAUCGGAAGAAGAAAAUCGCACCAGAAAUCGCAGAAAAAAUUGCAAGUGUAAACAGGCCUUUACACUUGCAAUUUUCGCUGCGAUAUUAGGUGCGAUUUUCUUCUUCUGAUGGGUAUAAACAAGUGUAUGAGUUAUGAAUGAGUCAUUAAACCAAAGCAAACUAAACUAAACUAAGCUUAACUUCUUAGCUGGGCUGGACUAGAUUGGACACAUGCUUUGUAUUAUUGCUAUUAUUUUUAACAUACCUUUUACCUUUAGCCAUACAACAUGUUGAACAGUUCCAUAAUGAAACAUAUCCGAACCCUGACUCAUCAUUCAACUCCAGAAAUCGACGUUCAGUUCCUUGCGAAGUCGGCGCCAGACGUGUUCGUCGGUCGUGUGUCCUCAUCCGCCCCGCACCACCAAAGCCCGCCGAUGUCCCAAGUGGUAAGCUUCAGAUACUCGCAUCAGACAACCUUGGCUUUGAUGGAGAGUACUUCUUCCCAAACCAAACUCCAAAUUAUAAUUUGACUAUGUUUGAGUCAAGUUGUAUAUUUUGGGAUGAGUUGAACGAAACUUGGAAGGGAGAUGGUUGUAGGGUAAGUUGUUUAAUGAUCGACAUAUCAAACCAAACUGAUUUAUUGUUUAAAUCAAACUGAUUUAUUGUUUAAGCAUGGAUAAUAAAAUAAAUGGAUAGGAAACUAGCUGACGUGACCUAAUGUUUUCAAUGGGCUGAUGGCGUGAUUGGAUGUUGAAACCUAGUUGCAAACCAAAUUCUCAAAAACGGCAUGUUUAGCAAUAAUACAGCUAAAUAUUUUAGUCAAAGAGCAAAUGAAUAUAACUACGCCAUUCUAUGAUGAAAUCUCUAAAUAUUCCCAGUCAAUUUUAGCAAAUAUUUCAAGCACUAAACAGUGAAAAAGGCAUCCCAAAUUUCGUUAAAAUUGGGGACGCCAAUUUCGUAGCUACAAAUGUAAAAAAAUACAAAACAAAGACAAAAAACAUUUACCUUGAAUACUUUGUCGUGGCUUAGGCACGUUUUUAAAACAAUUAGACCAGUAUAUGCUUCAAUAUGACUCUUUUAAAGCGGAAUGUAUAGCCGAACAACAAAAAUGCCGAGAAAUUUGCAAUACGCGUGACGUCACAGAUUGCAACUAGGUUGUUUUUGCUUACGUCAGCUAGAGUCCUAUCUAUUUAUUUUAUUAUCCAUUUUAUUAUUCAAGGUAACAUAACGUGAAAGUUUUUAUUUCCCCAUUUAUACUACAUCAGUGUAAAUGGCGCUCGGAGACUGUAUACCUCUGCCUGCAAAUUAAGUUACAUAUUAUGCAUAAAUUAUACAAUGGACUAAUUACGCAUUCAGUUUACUCUGCCCGGCAAAGCAAGACAAACGUUUGCUAAUUUUUUACCAAACUUUUUAUCUAAACAAACAAAUAAACAUACAAACGUGGAAUGUCGCGGAUGAAAAUAUAGCCUCCUGGAGCAGGUAAGAAUCUUCAGUGAAAAGUAGCCGUCUUGUAUAGUAUAUUGUUUACAAGUUUCCUUAUUUGAGAUAAGUCUGUUUCAUUGAUAAGAAUUGCAAACAAAUUUACAUCAGACAUUGUAUAAACAUGGUUAAUUUAAUAAAACUAUUACUAAUAAACUGCUAAACGUCGUAGGAAAUCCAUUUUGUGAAGGCAGUAUUAGUAGUAGUAGAACUCCCGAAGGCGGGAGUUUGUAUAUCAGAUAAGGAUCGGAUGCGAAUGUAUUAACGUGUUUAAAAACGACCCAUCUUAUGAGUUAAUUGGCGAAAUAAUUUUAAAAAUAAACAUUGUCUAAGUCGAGAAAAUCAAAGCUGAAGUUUAUGUAAAUCAGGACAAAACUUUAUCCGAUUUACAAACAUUAAUUAAACAUUCAUUUCUUUUGUAUUUUCCUCAUGAAUUGUUAAUUAGUUUUUUAAGUUGUAUAAACCAAUUCGUCUUUCUCACGAUGGCCAAAAUCCGCCAUUUUGGGGGUACGUGGUGCGGAGACUCUCGAACGUGGGAGAGGCAGCACCCCCAAAAUGGUGGGAAAUCGGUCUUGAGAAAGGCUAAUUGCUGAACCAUUCUUUAAAUGGUAUAGGUGACAUGACAGAUCAUAUAAACCAUUUACUGAACCUUCGAUUGAAUUGAAGUGGUUUUUGAUAUUUUCGUUUGCAACGACACAAACAACUGCUGCUGAUUCUUGACUAUUAUUCUUGGAAGUCUACCAGUGAGAACGAUUCUUUUUGGGACAUGACGUAAAAUAGGCCAAGCGAACAAACCUUAUUUAUUGAAACAGUUCUUCCAAGAGGUCCAGUAAAGACCGCACCUUUGGAUCCAGAUAUAGUGCAAAAGAACUGACCGUCAGUUUUAAACUGCCCUCCUCUAGAGCAACUCGUUCAUGGUUAGCACAAGACUGGAGAAACUUGAAGUAUUUGAUAGAGCUAAAUUGGAAACGUCCUUUUCACAUGCGACUGAGGCGAAAUUAUAAAGGGACAACUACAUAUACUUACUGGCGAAAUUUUGGUGUCCAUGUCAACAUGGUAGCAAUCAAUCAAUCAAUCAAUCAAUCAAUCAAUCAAUCAAAAAUCAAUCAAUCAAUCAAUCAAUCAAAAAGCAUGCAUGUGAACCAAUCAUAUCAAUCGUAAUUUUCAGGUUGAUGCUGCUACUAACAGAGAACAAAUUGUGUGCUACUGUAACCAUUUGACGUCGUUUGGAAGUGAUCUUCUCGUUGCACCAAACCCAAUUGAUUUUGAUUCAGUUUUCAGCAAUUUUGGUAGUCUUGCUGAGAACGUUGCUGUCCUGGUUUUGAUAUCAACUAUUCUUGGUGGUUAUAUUAUUGGGGUUAUCUGGGCAAGGCGAGCUGAUAAGAGAGAUGCUUUAUUGGUAGGUAUUUGCACUGUUAAUGCAAGUUUCCAUUUCAUACCAUACCAUACCAUACCAUACCAUGCCAUGCCAUGCCAUACCAUGCCAUGCCAUACCAUACCAUACCAUACCAUGCCAUGCCAUACCAUACCAUACCACCUCAUAAUUUGCCAUAACAUACCAUACCAUAUCAUACCACACAAUACAAUAGAAAAUCAUACCUUACUAUGGCACUUGAUGCCCACUAUUUUAUUCUAAUCAACGUGAUACAUUUCAUGCCAUACGACACCAUCCCUAGCACUUUUUUAAUCUUGCUUUCCCGCGUUCGUAUAUAUUAUUAGGUUGGACCAACAAUUGUUCAAAAACCCAAAGGAACCUACUAUUACAUAAUUACCACAGCAACUGGUAACCGACAGGGUGCAGGCACAACAGCAAGAGUUGUAUUUACAAUGUCAGGAGAUGAGAGUGAAACUUUACCAGUCUGGUUGCAUGAUCGCCAGAGACCGUGCUUUGAACGCACACAAAAAAAUACUUUUGUUAUCUCCUAUCCUCGUGGUAUUGGCGACUUGAACUAUGUUCAAAUUUGGCAUGAUAAUUCAGGUAUAAGAUUUUAGCAUUUUGUCCACGACUCCACCACGGGCUUUAGGACCGAUUCAAUUUGACAACAAUAGUAUUCUAUCUAAAUAGCAGUUAGUUAAAAUAAAGUGUACGGCACCUGAACUGUUCGAUUUGUUCAAUAUCUUGCUUGACAGUGCUUCCAAAUCCAUAAAACAUUUACUUAUUAUGCAAAUACUGUAUAUUUUCAAAAUCGGCCAUAUUUAUUUACAUUAGAACCCAAGCUUUCGUGGUUCACACGAAAUAUUAUGUCGGUGAUUUUCACUAAAAAUAAGAGGGUAGGAUCAUCUAAUUAUUUCAUCGUUCGAAGCGAGAGGAGAUUAUGCUUCCAUGUAUGGCACAAACGUGUGACUGUCCCCCAACUUCCUCAUAUGGCACAGACGUGUUCCGAAAAUAUUUUAUCGAGGCCAUUAUGAUUUCAUAAAAUUCCUCACGCUCGGAACGAUUUGAACAGGUCACGUGGUACAGAACCCAGACAGCUGUUUGGGUUAGCGAGUGACAACGCCUACUUUGAUUCUACCCUCUUAUUAUUAGUGAAAAUUACCGACGUAAUAUUUCAUGUGAACCCGAAAGCUUGGGUUCUAAUGUAAAUAAAUAUGGCGGAUUUUGAAAAUAGAAUCGAGGUUCGAUUCCCACCGCGGCCUGGCAUAUUUUGCAAGCUUGCCCGGUGUGGAUAUAGACUCAGAGUAACAUCACAAACAGCAUAUUCACCUGAGUACAUAACAGCAACACAGACAAAAAUCAUGUAAAUGUUUUAUGGAUUUAGAAAUUAGAAGCACUGUCAAGUAAGAUAUUAAACAGUUCAGGUGCCGCACACUUUAUUUUAACUGCUAUUUAGAUAGAAUACUAUUGUUGUCAAAUUGAAUUGGUCCUAAAGCCCGUGACUCCACAGUAUAAUUUAUUCGAAGCAAAAUAUAAUGCGCUAGAAUGGGUACUGAUUUAAAACAUUGAAAAGUGUGUUGACAUUUAGUUAGCUGUUCUGAAGCUAAUACGCUGGAAGUUUUUAUAGCAACAUGCGUAAUAUCGAUCGCGAGAACAUUUCAUUAAAGUGCAUUAAAUCUUAAAUUUGAUGCCAAUCAAUAAAUUUGUCUUAUUCCAUUAGGAUCUUCGCCAUCUUGGUACCUCAGCAGAUUUUACGUGAAAGAUGUUCAGACUGGUAAAAGCUGGAUUUUAAAUUGUGAAAACUGGUUAGCAGUUGAAUCUGACGAUGGCAAAGUGUGCAGAGUUCUCCCAGUUUCCAAUGAGCAAGAAUUAACAAGCUUCAACCAUGUCUUUUCGAAACAAGCCGUAAAAGGUCUGGCGGAUGGCCAUAUAUGGUUUUCCAUUAUCUCCAGACCUCCAACCAGUAACUUCACACGUGUCCAACGUCUCUCGUGCGCUUUGUGUUUGCUAUGUUGCACCAUGAUCACAAGCGCAAUGUUUUAUAACAUGGGGGGCCAGGGGCCAAGUCCUUUUGCAGUUCACAUUGGAUCCUUGGUUAUCGAUUUGAAACCGUUUGUGAUAGGCUUACAAAGCAGUAUUAUCAUUGUCCCAGUAAAUGUUCUGAUUGUGCAAAUAUUCCGUAAUUUGAGGCCAAAAAAGGAAAAACCGAAGAAAAAGCAGCAAUCCGAAAAGGAAACAGAAGGAAAGGAAAAUGCGCCAGAUAAUGUCCCCGAUAUUCAAAUCGAAAAUGAAAAUCCACCUCAAGGAAAACUUCCAUACUGCUUUAUUUUCUUUGCAUACGCUGUUUGUUACCUCGCAUCAGCUGCAUCGAUAUUCUUCACCUUACUCUACAGUAUCCAAUGGGGCAAGGAAACUUCGACAGAAUGGGUAAUUGCUAUGGUAACAUCAUUCUUCCAAUCAGUGUUGCUUCUACAGCCAAUCAAAGUAGUAUUGGCUGCAGUUAUGGUUGCAUUGUGUAUUAAGAAAGCCAGUGAUACAGAAGAUAACGGUAAUGAUGACUUGGUAAUCAAACGGUCAAAAACGGAACAUCAAUCACGUAUUGGUAGUGCGAUGGAACUUGAGAAAAGGAUACAAGCAAUUGGGCAACCUCCUGGAAAAAUAAGUAAAUUUUAUAGGUCAGUUUAUUUCUUGUUUUAAUACGGCAUUGUGACGAUUUACCACACUGUGAUAAUGGUGAUGAUUGCGAUGGUGAUAAUGGUAGCGGUGUUGACUGUGGUGAAAAAUCAUUGAUGAAUGAUAAUAGUGGUAGUAAUGUGGUAAAGAUGGUGGUACUUGUGAUUCUGUUGAUGACCACAUUGGUGGUGGUGUUAAUGAUGAUUGUAUAUUAAUGGUGGUAGUGAUGAUUGGAUUAAUGAUGGUGGUUAUAUUGACGAUAAAUGAUGAUGUUGAUUUUAAUACUUAUGGUAGUGUUUAUGAUGAUCUGGUGACUAAAAGUCUGACUAAAAAAUCACUAGAGCUUAAAGGUCCUACAACUUACAUGAAUAGAAUGAAAACUUUUAUGUUUUUAACCCGCUUUGUUUCUUAAAAUUUCUUUAAUAUAUCGCCAUGUUUACUUGUUUUGUAGAAAACAUCACGUUUAUAUAUUUAGCAAAGCUUUUGUGUGUAAGCACUGUAAGCCCAGAUCUUCAUCAAUGCGUUUUCAUUUGUUAGCCUUUGCAUCAGCGUCAAUUUUAUUAGUUUUUACAUUGAACGACUUUGAUAUUUAAUAUUGGUUUUACAAGCUUAAGUUGUUCAAAAAGGCAAUGGCUUGUUUAUUUGAAUCAACCAAAUAUCACUACAUUAAAAUGAUGACAGUUUAUCCUGCCUAAAUAAUUUGAAACUUCUGUCAAAGCUGAUUUUUUUAAUACCGCAACAUGUAUUGGAAGAAAAUUUUAAAACACCAUUUUGAACUUACAAAUGUGCCCAAGUGGUCCAGUAUACGUAUGUUAUGAAAUAUAGGUUCCAUGGAUAUCUUAUAUCCCGAAUGGUAAUGUUAACGUUCCCUGAGCAAUAUGUUAAUAAAUUCCAUUCAAUUCUUAUUUUAGUCCUCCAAGCCCUGCAAAACUGAAGAAAGCGAGAGAAAAACGUCUAAAAGAAAUCAAAACGAACUCAGCUUUAAAAGAAAUUUUUGCAUUUUUCGUUUUCCUGAUUUUUCUCAUGGAUGUAGCGCAAUACCACAGGGAUCCCAAUACUUUCUUGUUGACGAAAACUUUGUAUGAAACGUUUGAGGAAUUGGAUGCGUUUGGCCUGGAUUUAUCUGCGGUAUGUGAAACUUCAUGGUCUAGCUUGAUAAUUCUUUAUAUAUUUGUUUUAUUGUUUAAUAUUUAAGAGAAAAAACAGCGACCGGUUGUGCGAUACGCUUAUUAAAUGUAACUUAUUCGCACUAAAGCUUAGCCAAUAAUCUUUCCCUGCUCUUUUUGGAAUCUUUCUCUUGCAAUUUUUGAAUUCAGUUAAUAAGCUUCCCUAACGUCAGCGAACCUUUCCUUUGGAGGUCAUUUGUCAUUUAAGGCAAUAGUAAUUCAUCCCUUCAGCUUCGCCGUGCAUUUCCAAGUUAGCGUAGCGUGCGAUGUUUUUUCUCGUCCCACACAAUGGCGUCAAAUCGUGCAAUAUGAUAUUUCAACUCCAUAUUUCAUCAGCCAUUGAGUAGAUAUGACAAUUUUGCCGUAGACUUUUAGUCAGUCUUGACAUGCAUAAUAUUAGUUAUUUCCAAAUUCUUAGAUCUCCGACGUGGAUUCACUGUGGAUGUGGUCACGUGAGACACUCAUUCCGGGAUUAUAUUCAACCGAGUGGUACAAUGGCAAGAAAAUUCAAGAAGGAUGGCUUGCAAACAAUGAGGACUAUCUCGUGGGUGUCCCGCGUGUACGAUUGCUUCGCGUGGAAGAAGGUACACUAAAUACUUCAUUUAGGCUGUUAUGGCAUUCUUAUGCCGUUACUUUUUAAUGCCACUUGUGGAACAAAACAGUGAACUUAAAUAUAAUAAAUAUAUUUGCAAUACUUGAAACACGGAGGAAUUUUCAAAUAACGGACACCUUGGUGCCUACUAGGGCAUGCCAUAUAAAUCGUGACCUGCGAUUUCUCUCCGUUGUACAAGAUAUCUGUUGUGCAGUUUCUGUCACUACGUGGAAUUUUAUUACACAUGGCAAGGAGUGCAAUUAAUUAACGACUAACACUACAACUGAAUUUUGAACAAUGUGCCAGAAUUGCACGGGUCCCUGAGCUAGGCGUGUUCAAUUCGGCACAUUUUUCUAAAUUCACGAGUUGUGUUAAUUAUUAAUUGCACGGCUUGCUCGUGGGAUUAUUAUUAUAUAAAUGACAAAAUUAUUGCUAUCCCCCCGGGGUAUGGAUGUCCCAUGAAUGCAGAGAACGCAUGUAUAUUUUAACACAUUUGACAGUUGAAACACGGUUGAGAUAAACAAGAUCUGGUUUAUUUAAAACAUCUAAGCGAUGUAAAACGCCUCGCUUGUUCUUGAUUCGGCAACAAACAAUUGUUUAAGUUCAAAAUAUUGUAAGUUCAGCAAGCAAGAAAGUUUAAUUUAGGUCCUGUAUUUUAAUUUUCUGAUUUUGCUUUACGCAAGUGGACGUUAGGAUCGUUUCCAUUUACGAGCCGCCAUUUUAUUUUUUCAAAUCAUUAAUUGUACUCCUGGUGAGUGCAGCUAAUGAAAUAAUUGCACUCCUCCUAACCAAUUGUACGGAUCAAUGACAACUCAUGUAUAUAAUAAGUGGGAAUAACGUUUCAUAAUAACUACCGUAAGCUGUGCGAAUGGCUAAAUUAUAUAUUUUGGGUGAGUUACUUGGCACGCUGUUUUCGAAACGAGGAGUUUCAAUUUAAUUAAAAGACGAAUUUUCUCUUAUUAACUUUCAGAUACAUGUUCGAUAUCCAGUUAUUUCGACGACACCAUUCCACACUGUUAUGGCGCCUACUCCGUCACUGAUGAAGACGACGUUACCUAUGGCGUGAGUUGGGAACCUUUGGACAACGGCAACGCCCGAAAACGACGAGAUAUCCGGGGCCCGGUGACCGAGAAAGAGUGGACAGAACUACUAGCUGCCGACAAUCGCAGUACGCAAGUCAGACAUAAACGAGGCUUGGAUCCAAUCAUGGGUGGACUAAGUGGAAAAAAGCGAAGAAAGAAGAAGAGAUUGUUGUCCAGUAGUAAACCAAAACAGUACAUCGUCAACGAUAACGCACUGCUGUCCGAUGGUUCAGUUCUGUCCUGUCUUGACAGAUGGCGCCACCAAAGCAUGAUUGAUCUUCGGGGAUUCCCCUACUGGGGCACGCUUACAAUGUAUAGUGGUAGUGGCUAUGUUGCAAAUCUUGGCUAUGGUCCAGUUAGUGCUUACACUGUUGUUGCUGACUUGCAUUCAAAUGGUUGGCUCGAUGUCCAAACACGGGCUGUGUUUGUCGAGUUCACUGUGUACAACGCAAAUACGAACGUAUUUGGGAUCCUUUCGUAUUUUAUAGAAUUUGGACCUUCCUCGACAGCAGUUACUCGUUCCCAGUAUCAGGCUGCACGGUUUUAUAUCCACCUUAAUGGAACACAAACACUAGCUCAUGUCUUGGUGAUAUUCUUUAUGCUGUAUUUCCUAUAUCGAGAGGGAAAGCUUGUCUAUAAACAACGCUGGGCUUACUUCAAAGGUUUUUGGAAUUGGGUUGAAGUUAUCCUAAUUAUCUCCGAAUUUUUGCUUAUCGUUCUCUUCCUUGCACGUCUGUACGAAGUUGACCGGAAUAUUCAUCAGUUACGAGAAAAUCCAAAUGAUUACGUUGGUUUCCAGUACGCCGCAAAUGCAGAUGCCCUGAUGACAUACGUUAUUGGUAUCCUGGUGUUCUUCUAUAUCUUACGCUUCUUGCGUCUUUUGAGAUUCAACAAGAACUUCCUUGUGAUUGGCAAGACAAUGUCGAGAAUUAGUUCGCCAAUUUUGAGUUUCUGUCUACCCUUUAUUUCUGGAUUCUUUGCAUUUGGCAUGUUGGCUUUCACGAUGUUUGGUACAGAACUCGAAGACUACAGCACUUUCGUAAGAACAAUGGUGACGCAAUUCAGUAUAACUUUGGGAGACUUUGAUUUCGAAGCCAUAUUUAUGGUCAAUCCAACAGUCGCAACUCUCUAUUUCUUUUCGUUUAUUGGAUUAAACGUGAUGGUGUUAAUGAACAUGUUCAUAGCAAUCAUUAACGAUUCUUAUGCCGAGAUUCAAGAAGAAACUGCUGAAAUUGAAAACGAAUUGGAAAUAAUCGAAUACGUAACAGCUAAUGUAACCGGUUUUGUUAAUGGCAAAUUUCACCGUGGUAAAGUAGGCCCUGAAAAAAAGAAGAGAAACAAACGCAAACGAAAGUCUAAGAAAUUGGCUCCUUUCGAAGAGUUCUCGAAUGAGUUAGAUUUGCGUGGGAAAAAGUUAGUAAUUGUUGUGGAUGUCUUUGAGAGAAGUAUGGAAGAGGAUGAAAUAGAAGAAAAUAAAUUUUGUUCCGUACCAAAAGAUAAACAGCAAGAUAUGUUCUUCAGAUUGUUGUGUUUAAUGGAAAGUGUGCUUGAUGCUGAAGAUGCAAGCAGUGAUGACGAAUUCAGCGAUGAUUCGAUGGAUCAAAAUCGUAAAGAGAAUAGCGGUGACGAAUCUGAUGAUAAAUACGGUGAUGAAUAUAGUGGUGAACUUGUUGAUUAUAAAGAGUCUGGUGAUGAAUCUGGUGAUUCAAGCCUUUGAAGAAUAUGGAGAUGAAUCAAGCUUUCUAGUGAAAAAUAUUUGUUUCUUUUAUACUUCUAAAUACUGCAAUGAUUAAUCUUGGUAUCACCAAGGCACAACACAGAGUUAAUUGAACUAUCUGAAAGAAUAUUUAAUGAAUGUAUUCCGCUAAAUUUUCACUUCGACCGUAUCAUAACGUAUCAUAGCAUUCUCUUUAGUGUCGAAGUCAUUAGUUCCACUCUAGUGCUCAGGAAACAAAGAAAUACACUACGCUUCGGUACGAUACGUUUGAAGUGGAAAACUGGCUUAAGAGUUAUUACUGACGCUACGUCCACACUAAUCCGUUUUCGCAGCGUUUUCGUAUUAAUUGUUUCAAGAAAUUAGACCAUUGUUCUCUAUUCUCUUGUGAACGGAGAACAAUAAGAAAACGGAUUAGUGUGGACAUGUCCUGAAGAUUCCAAAGUAUAUAGGGAUUGACGUUGUCUUUCAGGCUCCAGGGGAACACAAAAAUUUUUUUAACAUAAUACAUUGACUGCAUGAUUUAUCUUUCUUCACUAUUUUAUUUGCUUUACUACAAAUAAUAUUCUGUAUUGCAUGCAAGACACGCCGUCAGUUUAAUUUUUUGACUAAGACACUAAGUUAAUUUUAUUGCACUAUCUUUUUACUAUGUCAGACCUCGGACCCUGUUCAUUAAGCAAGGUCUUUUUUAACGAGUACUAAUUAAUGUUCAUUGUAAUUUACGUAGUUUGUUGUUGUUUUUUGUUGAACUUCCUCAUCUUUUAUUUUAAGGUUUGUGACACAGGUGGCAGAAUUCGGUGCCUAGCUAUAAAUAAAUAAAUAGGCCUGAUACAAACCUUAACAAAAGUCCAUGCCGUACAACCGUAUUUCGGUUGUAAAUCUGAUUGGUCAAUGAGACAAA